GAAAAGUUCAGCAGACAGCUCCGCUUGGAAACCGACAAACCUAAGACGUCUCGAUUCGCAGCCCGCCCAAAAUGGCGCGACGACGGUCAAAGAGAAGGACGCAUGUCACUGCUCCCAACCCGAACCAGGCCAAGGGGCCAAUCAACACCGGCAAUGCCUCGAUUCGCGACCCCAAGAGCAUGGUCAUCCGCAUUGGCGCUGGUGAAGUCGGCUCCAGCGUCAGCCAGCUGGCCGCCGACGUUCGCCGCGUCAUGGAGCCUGGAACCGCCAGUCGACUGAAGGAGCGCCGCGCAAACCGCUUGAAGGACUAUCUGGUCAUGUGCGGCCCGCUCGGCGUCACCCACCUCUUGCUCUUCUCGCGCUCCGAGUCCGGCAACGUGAAUCUCAGGGUUGCCCUCGCACCACGCGGACCAACGCUGCACUUCCGUGUUGAGAAAUACUCUCUCGCAAAGGACGUACAGAGGUCGCAGCGACGGCCCAAGGGCGCCGGAAAAGAGUACAUCACGCCGCCGUUGCUAGUCAUGAACAACUUCUCCAGCCCGGCCGCGGAUGCGCAAUCCAAGGUCCCCAAGCACCUCGAGUCUCUGACCACAACGGUGUUCCAGUCGCUUUUCGCACCGAUAAAUCCGCAGACCACGCCGCUCAAGUCCAUACGAAGGGUCCUCCUUCUCAACCGGGAGCCGUCAAAGGAGGAGGACGGCAGCUUCAUACUCAACUUCAGACACUAUGCUAUCACUACCAGGGCCGCAGGAAUCUCGAAGCCGCUGAAGAGGCUGGGCGCGGCAGAGAGGAUUCUCAACAGCAAGAAGGGCAAAAAGGGCGGGCUGCCGAAUCUCGGCAAAUUACAAGAUAUUGCCGACUUUAUGAUUGGCGGAGAGGACGGCUCUGGGUACAUGACAGAUGGAACCAGUGGCAGCGAGGCCGAGACUGACGCCGAGGUCGAGAUUCUGGAAUCGGCGCCUCGCAAGGUCCUCAGUGCCAAGGCCCGUGCCGCGGCACGCGGGGCAGACGGGGCUGAUGGGGACCACAACGAAGGGGCGCCGGAAAACGACAAUGUCGAGAGGCGCGCCGUCAAGCUCGUCGAGCUGGGUCCGCGCAUGAGGCUGAGGCUACUCAAGGUUGAGGAGGGUGUUUGCGCCGGCAAGGUCAUGUGGCACGAGUACAUCCACAAGUCCAAGGAGGAACUCAAGGCCAUGGAGAAGAGGUGGGAGCAGAAGAGGCAGGAGAAGGCGGCGAGGCAGAAGGAGCAAAAGGCAAAUGUCGAGCGCAAGAAGAAGGAGAAGGAAGAAGAGCGGAAGAAGACGGGCAGGGGCUCGGGCAACAAGAACGGCCAGGACGAGAUGGACGUGGACGAAUCUGACGAUGACGAUUACGACGAUGGGUUUGACAGCGAAGGCCUCGAGGGCGACGCGGAGACCCAAGUCAACGGACGGAUGGAGGAGGAUGGCGAAUGGGAAGACGAGGAGGAGGAGAUUGCGGGCGGCUGAGCCAGUUUAUCUCGUCCUUGUCCCAGAGAGCUUCCAUGUAUCUAACGCGAGAUCUUCGUUGUGUUUGCAGCGUUGCUCUUUGAGCGGUCUUGGCGGAGGGGCUGCAGUGUUCCAUCACUCAUAUCUGAUUGCCGGGUCCGUCGGGCAGCUCCAACUUUGGUUAAACCCCAAUUCUCGUGUUGCUUCUACCUGCCCUGCAGAUUCGUUGUCGCGGCGGCUUUUCGAAUCACUCCGGCUCGUGGUGCAUCCAAUCGAUUUGGGCAUAUUCAAUAACACAGCAUCUAUCGCUGGCUCCGCCGACGAUUAACUGCCAAAAUGCUCGG